AUGAAUUCAGACAAUUUCUCCACAGCGUUACCAGUCACACGCAAUGAACCGAAGGACGAUUCAGGAUAUGCUUCGCAAGAACCUUCGCCUCCGCCGAAUAGUUCGAGGUCUUUUACCGAUCGUGCCAUUGCAAAAGGGAAAAGUAUAAUGCCUAACUACAUUCGAAAGCCUAAACAACUGCGACCGUAUGAUAAACCAAUUCCGCAGCUGACAUGGAAUCGUUUUUCGGAUCUACGUGAGCAAUACGCAGAAAGUCUCAAUAACUUAACACGCGGUCUGCCCAAUUGCACCUCGAUCCUGAUGACUUUGCAGGUCUUGGGAGAGAAUGAAGAGAGCGCAGAACCUUGGGUAUUCAUUCAAUGUAACAAGGCAGUUUUCGGAAAGAUUACCAGAUUUUUUCGAGAAAGUGCAAUUAGGUGUGAUUUCGAACCACCUCAGCCCGAUGAUCGUUUCCCCCGUUUGAGAGUAUGCGUUCACCCACAGAAGCCGAGGCCGCUCGUCAGUACCGUCGUCAAGACCGCGAAUGCGCCUCCACAAUUUGAUCUUUCUGCGAAUUCAGAAGGAAAUGAAAUAUAUGUGUUAAAGUCUAAUGUCACACCAGGCGCUCGUCGUGGCAGGCAAAUCAUGACAGGGUAUUCGCAUGGAGUGCGCCAGGCUACCAUGGGGGGCUUCAUCAAGACGAUUGACUCAGGAAGUCUGGAAACAAUUUAUGGAAUGACUGCAGGUCAUUUCGUCUUUGAAGAAUUGUAUGAUGACGCCGAAUAUUCUCCAGUAAGCGAUUACGACAGCGAAUAUAACGAGGAUAUGGAAUCUUUCGAAUUUGAUUUGAAUUUCGUCGAAGCUAAUUCAGAGGAUGAGAAUGAUGUACAUGUUUUGGAUAAAAGUGGCAUUGAAAUUGAUGAGGAGGUGAACAUGGACGAAUGGUCAAGAUUGGGAAAGCUUUCAAUGGCCUCCCAUAAUCUCUUCAUAGAUGAAGGCAAUCUUGAUUGGGGAUUGAUCACUAUCGACAAAAACUCUUACAGCCCCCCAAAUGCCGCAUUCAAUCCAUAUCCGACACGAACCAAAUCUAGAGGGGAACAGUCCUCAGUACAAAUGAGUUCUGCCCGAGGGCCACUCAAUGGGAUUUUACAUGGCUCCUGGUCGUAUAUAAUGCUCCCUCCAGGCAAGGUAUUGGUCCAAACACGUCUUCUAUCACUUUCAGAAGGUGAGAAGCUUCAUGUUGGUGAUAGCGGUGCGUGGAUCGUUGAUUCAUCAAGUUUCCUACGAGUGUAUGGCCAUGUCGUUGCUUCGGACGUGUUAGGACGCGGAUAUGUCGUUCCAAUACAUAAUACACUUGAAGAUAUCAGAAAAGGACUUGUACGGUUGUUCUCAAGGCCUUUCUGGGUGGCUCCUGCCUACAUCAUGAAUAUUCUUCAUUCAAACGAUACCGGAACAAAACUUUCGCCGCCGAAGGGACUCAUAAAAGGUUUUGAAGAUCAUGGUGACGCGGAUGAAAAAUUUGCUCCAUUACCUUCUAAAUUUAACAAACUAGACUCUAAGUAUUUAACGAUGAAACCAAUACCAAGCACGCCAUUGCCGAUUAAAUCUCCAAGACCCGAAUUACAGCCAUCUACUGUGGCAAAGAAACAGUCAGACGCUGAGUUCUCCAAGGCUUUAACCCCCUCGCAAGACGUUUCAGUAUCCACUAGAGUACCUAAAAGUGAGGAGUUCAAAAUGGACAAAGAAGAAGAGGAGCUGAGGAGAAUUUAUUUUAGACAUAACCAGAGAUAUAAAGAGAAGGAGGUCGAGUUGAUAGAAGCAGGUGAGGAACAUAAUGACAAUGAGCAUUUAAAAGAUCUUAAAGACGCCCGCGAUGUCGCCGAGAAAUUUUAUAUCAUAAGGAAAGCCGAAGUCCGCCAAGAUACAAAACUUGCAAUUCAUCUCAAGAAGGAGCUUGAGAAUCUUCCAGGGUACGAAGACUAUAUUAUCUCGUCCGAAUCGGAUACUUCCGGGCCACAUGAGUUAUCUAGUGCCCAUGACACUAAGCAUCCCACAAGCAAAAAGACCCGGAAACGCAAAAUCGAUGAAGAAAAGGGGUCGAUAUGA